AAGUGAGCCACCAAGCAAUUCUUGUGUCUUCAAGGUGCAAUCCAUUCAUAAGGGACCAAUCUAAAAUUUAGGAAGCACAAGACAUAUACUACCUGCAGUUGUGGAUGGUCUUUCUUUCCUAGAAACUCCACACAACGAGGGAUAACACCGGAUUUGAUCACUUCAUCUAUUGGAGGACUGCGCUCUGCUCACAAAUCAUUAACAACCAUCAGAUGUCUCUUACACAAGUAUAUCCGUCUGAAAGGGAAAAUGUAUACAUACAUACCAAUUAUUAGUCUAUAGAUAAUAACUUUCUAAACCGAGUAGUGGCUUCUAGCUGAGCUUGAGGAUCAUCAGAAUAAACACCUUGUACCAUCAUUACGAGACCUUGUAACUGCUUAAAACAGGACAUGAACAGCAUCAAACAGCUGUUUCCUCGGGAAGAGAUGUAGUAACAUUCAAUCCAUUAACAAGAUCAGCACAUUGAGUUAUUACAUACUUGGAUGACUCCUUCCAUACAACGAAGAGGUAUGCCAUGCUGUCACCAAAUAUUUAUUUAUUUUAGUUAGACCGUUUGACAUCAUAUUUUUAGGCAACCCAAAUUAUAAAACCGCAUUGACUUUAUCCAUUAACAAGAUUAGCACAUUGAUUUAUUACAUACUUGGAUGAAUCCUUCCAUGUAAGGAAGAGGUAUGCCACGCUGUCACCAAAUAUUUAUUUAUUUUAGUUAGACCGUUUGACAUCAUAUUUUUAGGCAACCCAAAUUAUAAAACUGCACUGUUUUAUGAAAUCGAAUGACAUUAAUAAAAAUAAUUUAACCAAAAUUCACAAAAUAAUAUUUUAAUUAAGUAUAUAAAUAUUUAUAAUAUAAAUUUCACUAUUAAUUAAUUGUUUUUAUUUUUACUCAAACUAGGUAAGGAACCCGCGCGAUAUCCCGUGAAAAAUCUUUUUAUAAAAAUAAUUAUUUCAUAUUUUAUAGUUUCUAUUUUAUAUUACAUUCAAAAAAAAAUCUGUGUCACAACCAUAUAUUAUAUAAUAUUAAGAAUGUAUAUUUGUGUUGUAGUUUCAGAUAAUAAAUAAAAUACAAAUACGUCAAUACAAAAUAAAUAAAUAAAUAAAAUUUCUAUUAGAUUAGGUAAGUUAUUAUGACAUUUCGACUACAAUUUAACUUUUUGAAACUAAUUAAAAUAAACAUAUACAUUUAAAUCUAACAAUUUACUAAACUAAGUAGGACUUGCAAUUGUUCGUUCAGACACAUUUCACUUAAAUAGUUUAAAAAUCCACCUUAAAUCUCUAACAAUAUUUCCUCAUUUAAGUGUAAUUAGAGUUUUAGUUAAUAAAAACACACAUAUAUAAAACUUAUGAAUAAAUGAAAAUGUGCAUAUAAAAGUUAUUUGUUCUUAGAUUACAUUUUGUUAAUAACUAUCUAUUAAUAAAUAAGAUUGUCUAAAUAGGCCUUAAUAUUUUAUCUGAAAACCGAAUGAGACAAAAUGCACCAACACAUGAUAUUAUAGACCAUAAAUAUAAUUUAAAACCCAUAUAAUUAAUUUUGUUGAUAUAUGAUAUUAUAAAAAUAACUAAAUAUCCAAAAACCGAGCUAUCCUAAAAUUUUUAAGAUUCUUAAAAAUGUGUAUAUAAAAUAUCAAGGAAAACAAAUGAAAAGAACUCAUUGAAAACCUAUGCAACUUUUAAAAUGAAUGGUGACAUUUUUAGACAUUUUUGAUAACCUUUUAAAAAUAUAUGAAUUUUUAGAACAAAAAGACAUAUAUUUAGAUGAAAAUAAUAAUUUUAAAAUAUAUGUAAUUUCUUGCAUGAAAGGACAUUAAUAAAAAAUACAUACUCUUAGAUACUUUCACUACCACUUAAAAAUUAUUGCAACUUUUAAGAUGGAAAAACACAUCUUCAAACAUUUUUGAAUUUCUAAUUUAAAUAUAUUAAUGCUUUCAUCUCACAGUAAUAAUCAGUGCUUGAAGAGACACAAACGUCGAAUGGACAUAGGUUAGGUAAACAGCCUCUAACUAAGCAGCUCAUCUCUCCCAUCAGCGAGUAAUUAAGUAGUACAGUUUCGCAUGUUCUUCGGAAUAAUUCGGGCUUUUUUGUUGUUGUUAUGCUUUCUUGUCAAGCACUUUACCAAAGGGCAUGUUAAUAGAAUUUUCAGCUGUGAUAUGUUCUACUAUCAUUGCCACUUUCCCUGUUGAAUCCUUAGUUAUCUCUCUUGGUGUUAAAUGUCUAGAUUUUCAUUUUUUUUUAUCAUUGCAGUACGUACCAGGUAUGAAAACUCAAAAUGUAUAUCCCACUCUCUGUUGGGGUAGAUUUGUAUAUGUUAGGAACUUGAAAUGGGUUCUUCUCCCACUCUGCCCACUCUGAUGUGGAAUCUAACUAAACUUCAAUUUUCGAAAACUCGAUCACUCAUUUAUAAAAGCCAUAUUGAAUCGAUCUAGUUACCAGUAAGCAGAAAGACAUGGGUCAUAAGGACUUUUUUGCCCACAUUAUCAAUGUCCUCCAUGUGGAACAUGGGUGGGCUUUCAUAGGCAAGGGUAGUUGAUUAAAUAUUUUCCAUAGGCAAGGUAGUUGGUUGGAGACUUGCACUUAAGCAUGUGUGGCAGGAACAAGAAAACAAAAACUGUGGAGGCAGAAGAAGAAGCUUGGCUGUUAGUGAUGUCGAUUGUUGUGGAUGUCAACAGAUCAGAUAUCUGUGAGAGUUCAAGUAGGAGAACCCGAGAUGAAAGUGUCUUUGAGAAAUUGAAGAAGGCGGCUCAAGAUGGAGACAUCGAAGAAUUGUAUAAACUGAUAGCUGAGGAACAAAACAUUCUAGACCACUUUGAUGAAGUGCCUUUCUGUGAGACGCCACUACACGUGGCGGCUGAAAACGGGAAAACCCAUUUUGCGAUGGAACUAGUGACUCUUAAGCCGUCGCUUGCAUUGAAGCUAAACGUGUCAGGCUUCACCCCAGUCAAUUUAGCCCUGCAAAACAACCACAUGAGAAUGGUUAGAGGGUUUAUAGCAAUCGACAGAAGCUUAGUCAGAAUCAUGGGAAGAGGGAGGAUUACCCCUUUGCACCAUGUGGCUAGAAUAGGUGAUGCAGAAUUGCUUAGUGAGAUCUUGAUGGCUUGUCCCUUUUCAAUAGAAGAUUUAACAAUAAAGCGUGAGACAGCUGUGCAUAUUGCGGUAAAGAACCACCAGUUUAUGGCGUUCAAGGUUCUGUUUGGAUGGAUCAAGAGAGCGAACAGGGUGGAAAUCUUGGAUUGGAAGGAUGAAGACGGUAACACAGUCUUCCAUAUUGCUGCAGCUAUCAAUCAGACUGAGGUCAUGGCGUUGCUACGUAAAAGCGUUAAAAUAGCAGCCAAGAAUUUGAAUGGCAAAACGGCGAUGGACAUAUUCGAAGCUCACCAGCCUCCUUGUUUCCCUGAAGCAAGAACAAUUCUCCGUAGUGCCAAAGAAAGGCUAUUUAGUUGUUCCACAAUAACUCUUGCAGAAUAUUUGAGCAAAGAUCCUCUAACGUUUCUCGAGAAACGGAACAAUUUCUUAGGGCUGAGCAAUUUAAGCAUAUCUAGAGCCAGACCUCUAACCAGUAGCCAUCGCCGUGAUGCAAUAUAUGUGGUGGUUAUACUUAUAAUAACAACUUCAUUCCAGGCUGGUUUUAGUCCUCCAGGCGGAUUUUGGCAGGAGGACGGCGUGGAUCAUCAUAACGUCUAUCACAAAGCUGGGCAAAUGACUAUGUCUUUCUCCAAUGCCUUAAUUUUUAACGGCUUCAACGGGUUUGCCUUCUUAUCAUCCCUAUACGUGAUCAUGAUCCUCACAAUUGGACUUCCCAUGUGGAAGUUAAUCUAUUGUUCAACGGCGUGUUUAGGUCUCGCUUUGUUAGCAUCAUACGGCACUAUAUUCCCGUAUCCUAACAGCUAUAUAGGGUAUAUCCCAUUGAUCACCUUCGUCUAUGCAUUCCCAUCGAUUAUCACAAUCAUGCUGUUUAGUGUUUUCAUGGCAUUCAUUGUUGACAAACGUGGCCGGAGACUAGUAGACUUCCCGGCGAGCUGCUUCAGCUCAUCUCAUGAGUUGUCGCUAUGAUCAUUAGAGUACGUUGAAAACAUGAUACCAUGCACGAGGAAUAUUAGUUAUGUUUCGAUGUGGGACUAUGAUGUAACUGAAAUAAACUCUUAUGUGUUUUUCAAGCUAGCUAGUGUUAUGAAUUUAAAUUGUCAACUAGUUCGUUCUAAUAACUAGUUUCUCAGCUGAAAUUAAACGCUGUUUAUUUCAUACUCUUUCGUUCAAUUCAUUUUGCUGAUCUUUUUUUCCUUGAUUAUUUGUUGCUUGCUGAGUCUUGUUUUGCUUCUAGAAAAUUGAUUAAUAUUUAGAGAACGUACACAAAAGUGGCAGAUAGACUAGAGGAUAGUUUUCAAGGUUGAGUAUUGAAAACAUGUACAAAUUACCAUGACCAUUACUCUGAGGAAGUCUGGAAGGGUCUAACACAGAAUUUGCUCUCUACACAGUAUACGAAUCAAUGAAAUCGUAUUAUGCAACUCCUUCUGGAACAGGCUCGGGACAGAACUCAGUUAUUCAUAAUGAGAUACGUAACGGUAUCUCACGAAACAAUGUAUGUCAUAUGGUGAAAAAGCAAUUAACCGAAACAUGGUGAAUCGCCCGGCAAAAAUCAUCCAAAUGGUAGACAGACAGGUUCGCAAUCGUCUAUCAUCAGUCCGAGGUAUGUGUGUGCAAACUUAUGAUGAAGGCUGGAGGCAUGGUUAACUGCACGAUAGUAUCAUCAUUCUUUUAAACAAAUUAUUAUGUUAGUAUCAAACACUCGGCACCAAAAAUCAAGCGAUUGCAGACGAUAUAACUAGUAAAUAUGUUCUUCCACAUGUCAACAUAUUUUAUUUUGCUUGUAUUGUAUUAUUUGGUCUACGUACCGGAACUGAUAACAUUCGAGAUUAUCCUCUUUGUAAAAACGUUUUUUUUUAAUUAAAUUAAUUUAAUAUUUUUUUUCAAAAAAGGAUGUACAAUGUUAAAAUUCUUUUAUUUUCUACAAAUUGAACAAGUUAUUUGUUUCGCAGGCUCAAUCAUUCUUCGCAAGAGUGUGCUAUGUUUUUCGUUUUUUUCUUUCUGAAUCGAACAAUUCAUCUUUUGAUUUCCAGAAUCGAGGAACAAUCCACUCAUGACUCAUACCUUUACCUUGAGAACAAAAAUCGAGUAUGAAAAGAGUUGUAAAGAUCUCACAACCAAUCAAAAUCACUAAAACUAUAAAAUCGUGGUUUUCAGGUAAAACUAACAAAAAGGGAUUUUCCUUUCAAAAUUAUUAAUUAUGUUUUCCUGUUAAAAUCACAAAAUAUUUUUUUUCUGCUGAACAUAAAAUCAAUUUUUCCUUCUAAAACCACAAAAUAAAAUUUUAUAAAAAAACUAAAAUUAGAUUUUUCUACGAAAAAUUUUAAAUCAAGUUUUCUCAACAAAACUAAAAGAUUCUAGUUGUUCCAUCAAACUGAAAAAUCAGACUUUUCACCAGCUAGCAAACCAGAAAUCGUCGACGUGUGCUUUUAUUAGUACAAAUUUUUUUAAUCGUCUCUGGUAAGCCACGUAAGCACAUUCUGUGACCUCUAACAGAGUUGCUAUGGCUGCUACUAUAUGCAUUCUAAUUGUGAAUCGAAGAAGAUGAAAUAGAAAGGAGGAUCAGAUCAUAUUUAUAAUUUGGAUCGUUUCUGGUUGUGGGUCUAAUUUAUUUUCAAAAACUGAUUUGGUCCAGAAAUGAUUUUAAAUAGGUGUUUAACAUAUUUUGAAUCUUUUUGUAUAAACCCAUGCAUUAAGAAGAAUUACUGUAGUUUUGACACAUUUCUGCGUAUCAGUUUUGCUACAUUAUCCAAUACUCUUAUGUAGAUACAAAACAUUUUUCUAUUUUUUGGUUCAUUGUAAAGUUAUAUAUGAUAUGAUACUUAUGUGUUUCUAUGGAUAAAAAUAUUUCCUACUAGUUCAAAAUAUUUUUGAACAGUAUUAAAAUAAUGCACUUGCAAAAGAUUUGCUAGAUUCUAGACUUUUAGCAUUGUUGAUGUCAAAAAAAAUAGAGCAUUGUGUCUUCUACAGUUCUACUUAGCUAAAUUUGUAAGGUUGCUUUUUUUUGAUUGAUCAACCAUACUUUUCGACGCAAAAUUCCCUCCUUGCCAGAAUAUUAGUUGGUUUAUAUUUGUGUUUAAAUUUGGCUAAUGAAAGAAAUAAAAACUUAUAUAUGUAAUCAAAAACUGUUAAAGGAAUUAUAAAACUGCAUGUUGAUGCCUUUACUCCGAAAAAUGAAUUUUUUUAUAAUAUUUAUGUUGAUUAUUGCUAUCAUUUUAGGGGUGAGCGAAGCAAUUUGGCAUCAAGUUGUUGCGCCUUUGUCUAAGUGCGAGAAGAACCGAGUGAUUAUUCGAAAUGAACUUGGUCCUGGUAGAAGUCUAGAAUAUCAUUGUCAUUCUAAUGGAAAAGAUCAAGGCGUCCAGUUUUUAAAAUUCAAUGAAGAAAGGAACUUUGAAUUUGUCGAUCAUUUUUUUGGAAAAAAGAAUAAAGUGAAUUGUGUUUUGAGGCAAGGGUUGCGGAUGCAGAAUUCUUCUCGAGACUUUGAAGCAUACCAUACAAGUAAAAAAAAUAUUUGUGGACAGACUCGUGAAUGGAUUGCGAGAACAGAUGGAACAUACUUUCAAAGAAAUCGAAUUAAGCCAGCAGCGUUUGUGUUUCCUUGGAUUAAUAAAAAACCUUAAGAAAAUCUAAUUGAUGUUUCUGAUUAAGACACUCAAAGUCUUUAAUCGUUUCUAAUUUUAAUUAUUGUUGUUCGUUUUGUAAACUUUGUCAUGAUUCUGCUUUCGUGUCGAAUAUUAAGAAAGUAAACAUUGUAUCUA